GUCACAGCAGAGCACAUGGGCAGGGUGUGCAGGAAAUAAGUCAUGACAGACAACCUACAACGACAUCUAAAAUAGGAAGAGAUCACUGAGCCUGUGCAAGGUUAGUCUCUUGCUUCCUCCUUUGUACCUAUUCACACAUUACCGGAACGUCGCAAAGCUGAAAUAAUUCAUCACUUGUUUUGACAGUAUUGAAGAUGCAAGAUAUUCUGCUGCGAGUUUGUGUGCUGGCUCUGGGUCUCCUAACGAUGGAUGACCCCGGGUUUGAGGAGUGGGAUGAUACUGUCACAGUGGACAUGCAGAAGCAUGAAGAGAGGCUGCUAAGAGGAGGAGAGGAACUGGACCACCAAAUGACGCCUGUCAGUGAGGAAAUAGCAAAUACUCACGAUGGUGGGCCUCGGGAUGACGUAAAAAACAUUCAGUCUGAUCAACAUGCGACUGGAAAAGAUAAAAUGCCAACCUUAGGAGAUGUGGCUGUCACCAAACAAGAUUCAGAGGAGGAUGAUCACAAGUCAUCAGGAGGUGGACAUUUUACAGCAAAUUCAGAUCCAAGCCAGCCACAAAACUCUGAUAGUGAACCUGAGACUGUUCUGAAGACUUCCCAAACUGACCAUGAGCAAAAUGGAAACAUGAAGAGUAAACAGGGAGACAACAUCCAGACCGAUAGCUCCUUUAGAGACCCAAGCAGACCACAUGGGCAACAAGGAAAACCUGAGGAGAAGAUGCUCAGCUCCAGCGAGAAAACUAGGGGCCGUGCUAGUCUUCUCUUUCUCUCAGAAAAUGGAACUUUAGUGAAGGCCAUCGCUGACUGGGAUUUCCUCUGGUACGUAUGGAACACACUCUCCAUCAUUUUCACAAUACGCUUCUUGAGGAAAUACCUCAGGAGGAAUUCCCAGAUGAAACAAGGAGAAACCAGGGCCUUCGCUGUGAAAUGCUCCGCAGCUGAAGUACUGCUACCAAACAGUGACACUCUGCAGCGAUUUCAUUGUAAAUGGAUUCAAAUCUCAUCCAGUAACAAGUGGAAAGAUUUUUUGGAAGGGUUUGCAAACGAUCUACUGGAGGCCAUGAGGACUGUCUGUGAUAGAAAUGACGGUAUGGUGAUUGAGGACUUUCAGAUGGUGGAUGCAUGUGAUAUCAUCGUCCCCUUUGCCCCACCUGAUCCAUAUAGUUUCCAGCGUCUGCUGUGCAACUUUCAGGCGAAUGACCUGCUGCCAGAUAUGCAAGUCUGUGGUCAAAUCAAACUGGUGAAAAAUAAGAAAAUCCAAAAUGGCUGCCCCUGUCAGUCGCCUAAUUCAGAUGAUAUGGUGUGCUUGCUGCACUGUGAGAGUGAGAAAGUAAGGACAAAAAUCACUGAUGCUUGUGAUGACCUUCUUUGCAUGAAGAAGUCCUCGUUCCUGUCCAAAUCACAGGUCACCAGAUGGUUUCAGAGCACUAUCAAACAAGCAUGGGAUCAGAUUUCACACAAGUACGAGUUUGAGCUGAACAUUCGCUACAUGGGUGCUCCAGGUGCUCUGGUAGUUCGGUUCAGAUCAGGGAAGAGGAUAAGCUUCAAUAUGAAUCCUGUGGUUAAAGUCAACACAGAUGCUCAUUUCUUCAUUACUCCUGGCUCCCCAAACAACUUGGAUACUUUCUGGGCGCUCUCCCUGACCAAGUAUGAAGAUCAGUUUUUAGAGCACAUCUCUAAAUGCCUGCCUAAAGACUCAUGCCACAGUCAAACUCUUGACAUUGCACUUUUCCUCCACAAGAGACAGACAGCAUUGUCAGGAGGGAGUGAGCUCAAGGAGUUUCAUUUCAAAAUUGCACUAAUGCAUCUGCUUCUGGCCAAAGACCCAUCGCAAUGGAAACCCAGCUAUUUGGCUUGUAGGCUACGAGACUUACUGGUCUUCAUGGAGAGAAGCCUGGAAAAGAAGCUGCUGCACCACAUUCUCAUUGGGAACCCUUUAACCCGGAGGGUUAUUGAACUUCCUGCUGAGUUUACUCAAGCAAAGGCUGUGAAUCUCUUCCAUCCCCUUGUGGUACAUAACUGCAUCUACAGAAGUGCUGUGAUGCAUUUCCAGGAAAUGCUAAGAAAUGCACACAUGCUUAUACAGGAUUAUGUUUAGUGCAGGCAAGGAGGUCAAUUGUUCAACUGAAAGGUCAGUUGACUUGUGCAAUUUAAAUUAUGGUUUUAAGCUCUAUUCAUGAAAUUAUAUACAAGGGUGUGUUUCUCAUCAUGGUAGAUGUGAAACAGUUUAGGGGGCCUCUGACAGAAAAUUUGAGUAUCAAAUUCCUGCAUUCUAGUCAUUUUGCAAUUUGCUUUUCUGCAUCCAUGUAUGGUUGAAAUGUCUAGUCAGUAUAAUAGUCCCUGUUACUGUCAUGUUUUUGUUGGACAAAUGCACAUGUUCUAAACAUGACAUGUCCCCUGCAACCACCCCUGAAAUCUACACCUAUGACUUAAGAGACCACAUUGCAAUAUGUCAGUACAAGGUGAAAUUUUAUUUUAAAACUUUGAUCAGUUUCACAGCAAUUUCUUUUAGUAAUCGUGGUCCCAGUUCUGUAGGAAGUCUUCGUGUUCUGCCAUGUCGAGAUCGUCCGACCUGAAUGUAUGGGGAUCUGAGAAUUUCAUCCGAGGCUCAACCUCAAAUCCGUCUCUGCUGCUCAUGUCAACCUUCCAAGAGUGACUGGAGAUCAUAUCCCUAGAAGCUGUUGAAAGAUAAUUUGAACCUUAAAAUUUGUAAUUUACAAAUUAAGAUUCUGGAAAAUCAUUGUCAAGGGAAAAGUGCUUUGUAUUUACAGCAAUAUUUGUACAUGACAGCAAAAUGCUUUGUGAAUUAAUGCCCAGGUUAAGAUCAUUCAAAGUUACUGUCUCAUACUGCAAGAUUUCCCUCAUGUCUUGUCACACAAGGAAGUUGAAACUUACACUUAGCCUUUGCUGAGGAACAGGUUGAGUCACAGCAGGUGCACACAGAGUCUGGACCGAACAGCGCCUUCCACCUAAAUAAACAAAGUCAUCAGGUCUUGAAAUUUGAGAUGGCAGGCUUAAUGAAAGUUGUUGACAAAGCCUAAUUUUUGCCAUUGAGCACACAUGUAACCAUCUUACAAUACCCUCAAAAGCAAGCUACAUCCACCUGUGCAUGGUUUACUUUAGCCAGUGUCAACUCACUUUUUGGUAGCCGCAUCAUAGUUGCAAGCCUUUGAGGUCGGAGUUGGAGCAAGUUUGCCCAUAGAGAUAUCACAGUGCAUGUAGAGUUGCUGAAAGACAUUGAUUUCAGUGUUAACAUUUAAUUUCAAAUUACAGGGCUGUGCCACUUGUUCUUGACAGUACCUGUGAUGCAGAGGAAAGCUUCUCCUUGAAAAUUAAGGCGGUCACCCUGAAUUUCUGUGCCAUCUUUGAGGAAGUAGGGAGGAACUUUGACUGUGCACUCAUCUUGCCUUCAACCAUACAUCUGCAAUCAGAGAUAAUAUACAUGUUUACUGCCAACCACCAAAUGACACACCCAUCUUAAUCUGAAAUAUUUCAGAUCUUACCCAUAGUUGUCAAUUAAUGCAUGUUUAGGACUCGAGUUGGGGUCUGUGGAGGCUGUCAUGAAGCACUUGUUGAUGUACAGCCGCUGAUCUCCAGACAUUGUGCUGCUGGGUUGCCUGGCCUCAAAGUACAUUGGCUGGCCCAAAGUGUAGGUUUUGGAACCAGUGAUAUCAUUUCCUGAUGCUGUGGCAAAGUGAGGAACAUCAGUCACUGGACAAUUUUAGAUAUUUAGAAAUUAAGCAGGCUGCUACAUUUGUUGCUUUGAAGUGGGAUUACAAAAGCAGAUUUGUAGAAAUAUUUGAUCCCUGCCUGAGCUCUUAAUCUAAAUACAUAACAAUUAAUACCUGAGUGUGGGGUACAGGCCAUAGUAUUGAAUGCUUAUUUUGCACACCUUUGAAUGCUAAAGGGCAGAUUAGAGACCUUGCUGUGGUGCUUGGAAAGUGGUUAAUAAAAGAAUUGAAUUAACAA